ACGCAACUUCUGUAUCAGUCAGUUCAACAUCACCAGCCGGUGACACCACCUCAACUCCAUUCAACACAACUUCUGUAUCACUCAGUCCAACAUCACCAGCCGUUGACGCCACUUCAACUCCACUCAAUGCAACUUCUGUAUCACUCAGUCCAACAUCAUCAGCAGUCAACAUCACCUCAACUCCGUUCAAUGCAACUUCUGUAUCACUCAGUCCAACAUCACCAGCCGUUGACGCCACUUCAACUCCAUUCAAUGCAACUUCUGUAUCACUCAGUCCAACAUCACCAGCCUUCAACAUCACCAGCUGCCAACAUCACCUCACCUUCAUUCAGUACAACUUCGCAGUCCACUGUGUCACCUGUAAGCCAAACGGCUGCACCUACCAUUGCAACUUCCCCAACAACAUUGCCAUCAACUAUGCCAACAACAACUACGACAACUCUUGCUACAACUAUGACUACAACACCUGCCCCGCCACUUAAGCCAAAACUUAAGUUAGAGUUUAAGGUGCAGGAAAAAUUCACCCAGGAGUUGUCAAAAAAAGAAUCACCAGAGUACAAAACCCUUGAGAAAAGAGUGACUGUUGAGCUCGAUGGAGUCUAUAACGAAAAAUAUGGGUCGAAAUACAAUCGAUCUGUCAUCAAUGGCUUCAGAGAAGGAUCAAUUGUAGUUGACUCUGAGCUGGUCUUCAAUAAUGAGACAGCACUACCAAAUACCAGUGAUGUUGUGGAAACUUUAAAGAAUGCAAGCUCCAGCCCAGGUUUCAACUUCACCGUCAACAUAACCAGUAUUGUUGCAGAAGUUGUAAUACCAACUCCACUACCUCCUGUCCCAACUACAGCUAUAACAACACCGACAACAGCGAACAUGACUUCUGUAACAGCAAAUGCAACAACACCAGUAACCACCGUGACCCCAUCUCCAACCAAUGCAACAACACCAGUAACCACCGUGACCCCAUCUCCAACCAAUGCAACAACACCAGUAACCACCGUGAUCCCAUCUCCAACCAAUGCAACUUUGACAACAGCAAAAACAAUGUCAGCACAACCAUCAACACAAGCAGUUACUCCAGCUGCAACUACAGUACCAGCAGAUUCAAAGCUCAAGAUGACAUUUGCACUGAAAGAAGAUUUUAUCGAGGGCCUGGAAACACUUGGAUCUGUACAGUUCGUCAGUCUCUCAACAACACUAACUAAUCGACUGAAUGACAUCUAUAGGAAGAGAUUCAGGAAUUUUCUGCGAGUUCUGAUCAGGGCUUUCAGACGAGGUUCAAUUACCGUUGACUCUGAUGUGAUAUUUGCAAAUGCGAGCUCUGUGCCAGACCCUCAAGAUGUUGCAGACACUCUGGUGAACAACAGUGCCAGCUUGAACUACACGCUGAACACAACAAGUGUAGUUGUGACAACUCCAGAAAAUGCAACAACACCAGCAUCCACCGUGACCCCAUCUCCAACUAAUGCAACAACACUGUCAAAUGCAACAACGGCAGUAACCACCAUGACUCCAUCUCCAACCAAUGCAACUUUGACAACAGCAGGAACUACAGCAGCCCCAACCACAACUACAACUGCAGCACCCACAGAUCCUCCAGCUGCUACUGAGGGAUUUCUUUUCAUGAAAUUUGGUCUCAACAGAGAUUUUAACUCAGAAUUGGCCGACAACAAUUCAACAGCAUUUCUCCAACUGGCUUCAGCUGUGGUUAAGGAGAUUAACAGAAUUUGCCUUGGCCUCUUCAGUGGUUACAGUCGCUCACGCGUCAAUUCCUUCAAGAGUGGAUCUGUGAUUUCCAACCUGACUCUAGUGUUCAGAAACACCUCUGUUGUUCCUAAUUUAAACAAUGCUUUGCCACUGCUGGAAAGGGAGCUUCUUAAUUCGACACUGGGUUAUAUAAAUGGCAGCCUGGUUUUAGUAACCACCAUGACUCCAUCUCCAACCAAUGCAACUUUGACAACAGCAGGAACUACAGCAGCCCCAACCACGACUACAACUGCAGCACCCACAGAUCCUCCAGCUGCUACUGAGGGAUUUCUUUUCAUGAAAUUUGGUCUCAACAGAGAUUUUAACUCAGAAUUGGCCGACAACAAUUCAACAGCAUUUCUCCAACUGGCUUCAGCUGUGGUUAAGGAGAUUAACAGAAUUUGCCUUGGCCUCUUCAGUGGUUACAGUCGCUCACGCGUCAAUUCCUUCAAGAGUGGAUCUGUGAUUUCCAACCUGACUCUAGUGUUCAGAAACACCUCUGUUGUUCCUAAUUUAAACAAUGCUUUGCCACUGCUGGAAAGGGAGCUUCUUAAUUCGACACUGGGUUAUAUAAAUGGCAGCCUGGUUUUAGUAACCACCAUGACUCCAUCUCCAACCAAUGCAACUUUGACAACAGCAGGAACUACAGCAGCCCCAACCACAACUACAACUGCAGCACCCACAGAUCCUCCAGCUGCUACUGAGGGAUUUCUUUUCAUGAAAUUUGGUCUCAACAGAGAUUUUAACUCAGAAUUGGCCGACAACAAUUCAACAGCAUUUCUCCAACUGGCUUCAGCUGUGGUUAAGGAGAUUAACAGAAUUUGCCUUGGCCUCUUCAGUGGUUACAGUCGCUCACGCGUCAAUUCCUUCAAGAGUGGAUCUGUGAUUUCCAACCUGACUCUAGUGUUCAGAAACACCUCUGUUGUUCCUAAUUUAAACAAUGCUUUGCCACUGCUGGAAAGGGAGCUUCUUAAUUCGACACUGGGUUAUAUAAAUGGCAGCCUGGUUUUAGUAACCACCAUGACUCCAUCUCCAACCAAUGCAACUUUGACAACAGCAGGAACUACAGCAGCCCCAACCACGACUACAACUGCAGCACCCACAGAUCCUCCAGCUGCUACUGAGGGAUUUCUUUUCAUGAAAUUUGGUCUCAACAGAGAUUUUAACUCAGAAUUGGCCGACAACAAUUCAACAGCAUUUCUCCAACUGGCUUCAGCUGUGGUUAAGGAGAUUAACAGAAUUUGCCUUGGCCUCUUCAGUGGUUACAGUCGCUCACGCGUCAAUUCCUUCAAGAGUGGAUCUGUGAUUUCCAACCUGACUCUAGUGUUCAGAAACACCUCUGUUGUUCCUAAUUUAAACAAUGCUUUGCCACUGCUGGAAAGGGAGCUUCUUAAUUCGACACUGGGUUAUAUAAAUGGCAGCCUGGUUUUAGUAACCACCAUGACUCCAUCUCCAACCAAUGCAACUUUGACAACAGCAGGAACUACAGCAGCCCCAACCACAACUACAACUGCAGCACCCACAGAUCCUCCAGCUGCUACUGAGGGAUUUCUUUUCAUGAAAUUUGGUCUCAACAGAGAUUUUAACUCAGAAUUGGCCGACAACAAUUCAACAGCAUUUCUCCAACUGGCUUCAGCUGUGGUUAAGGAGAUUAACAGAAUUUGCCUUGGCCUCUUCAGUGGUUACAGUCGCUCACGCGUCAAUUCCUUCAAGAGUGGAUCUGUGAUUUCCAACCUGACUCUAGUGUUCAGAAACACCUCUGUUGUUCCUAAUUUAAACAAUGCUUUGCCACUGCUGGAAAGGGAGCUUCUUAAUUCGACACUGGGUUAUAUAAAUGGCAGCCUGGUUUUAGUAACCACCAUGACUCCAUCUCCAACCAAUGCAACUUUGACAACAGCAGGAACUACAGCAACCACAACUACAACUGCAGCACCCACAGAUCCUCCAGCUGCUACUGAGGGAUUUCUUUUCAUGAAAUUUGGUCUCAACAGACAUUUUAACUCAGAAUUGGCCGACAACAAUUCAACAGCAUUUCUCCAACUGGCUUCAGCUGUGGUUAAGGAGAUUAACAGAAUUUGCCUUGGCCUCUUCAGUGGUUACAGUCGCUCACGCGUCAAUUCCUUCAAGAGUGGAUCUGUGAUUUCCAACCUGACUCUAGUGUUCAGAAACACCUCUGUUGUUCCUAAUUUAAACAAUGCUUUGCCACUGCUGGAAAGGGAGCUUCUUAAUUCGACACUGGGUUAUAUAAAUGGCAGCCUGGUUUUAGUGACCUCCGUGACCCCACCUCCAACGACUUUGACAACAGUUACUCCAGCGACAACUCCAGUGCCAGCAGAUUCAAAGCUCCAGAUGACAUUUGCACUAGUAGAAACUUUUAUCGUGGGCCUGGAAACGCCUGGAUCUGUAGAGUUUGUCAGUCUCUCAACAACACUAACUAAUCGACUGAAUGACAUCUAUAGGAAGAGAUUCAGGGCUUUUCUGCGAGUUCUGAUCAGGGCUUUCAGACGAGGUUCAAUUAUCGUUGAAUCUGAUGUGAUAUUUGCAAAUGCGAGCUCUGUGCCAGACACUCGAGAUGUUGCAGAGACUCUGGUGAACAACAGUGCCAGCUUGAACUACACACUGAACAUAACAAGUGUAGUUGUGACAACUCCGGAAAAUGCAACAACGGCAGUAACCACCAUGACUCCAUCUCCAACCAAUGCAACUUUGACAACAGGAACUACAGCAGCCCCAACCACAACUACAACUGCAGCACCCACAGAUCCUCCAGCUGCUACUGAGGGAUUUCUUUUCAUGAAAUUUGGUCUCAACAGACAUUUUAACUCAGAAUUGGCCGACAACAAUUCAACAGCAUUUCUCCAACUGGCUUCAGCUGUGGUUAAGGAGAUUAACAGAAUUUGCCUUGGCCUCUUCAGUGGUUACAGUCGCUCACGCGUCAAUUCCUUCAAGAGUGGAUCUGUGAUUUCCAACCUGACUCUAGUGUUCAGAAACACCUCUGUUGUUCCUAAUUUAAACAAUGCUUUGCCACUGCUGGAAAGGGAGCUUCUUAAUUCGACACUGGGUUAUAUAAAUGGCAGCCUGGUUUUAGUGACCUCCGUGACCCCACCUCCAACGACUUUGACAACAGUUACUCCAGCGACAACUCCAGUGCCAGCAGAUUCAAAGCUCCAGAUGACAUUUGCACUAGUAGAAACUUUUAUCGUGGGCCUGGAAACGCCUGGAUCUGUAGAGUUUGUCAGUCUCUCAACAACACUAACUAAUCGACUGAAUGACAUCUAUAGGAAGAGAUUCAGGGCUUUUCUGCGAGUUCUGAUCAGGGCUUUCAGACGAGGUUCAAUUAUCGUUGAAUCUGAUGUGAUAUUUGCAAAUGCGAGCUCUGUGCCAGACACUCGAGAUGUUGCAGAGACUCUGGUGAACAACAGUGCCAGCUUGAACUACACACUGAACAUAACAAGUGUAGUUGUGACAAUUUCUCAUGUGACUUCAGCUCCGGAAAAUGCAACAACGGCAGUAACCACCAUGACUCCAUCUCCAACCAAUGCAACUUUGACAACAGCAGGAACUACAGCAGCCCCAACCACAACUACAACUGCAGCACCCACAGAUCCUCCAGCUGCUACUGAGGGAUUUCUUUUCAUGAAAUUUGGUCUCAACAGAGAUUUUAACUCAGAAUUGGCCGACAACACUUCAACAGCAUUUCUCCAACUGGCUUCAGCUGUGGUUAAGGAGAUUAACAGAAUUUGCCUUGGCCUCUUCAGUGGUUACAGUCGCUCACGCGUCAAUUCCUUCAAGAGUGGAUCUGUGAUUUCCAACCUGACUCUAGUGUUCAGAAGCACCUCUGUUGUUCCUAAUUUAAACAAUGCUUUGCCACUGCUGGAAAGGGAGCUUCUUAAUUCGACACUGGGUUAUAUAAAUGGCAGCCUGGUUUUAGCAUCGGGCGGUCCUCCUCAACCCACAAUGGGAAGUUUGACUUUCUUUUCGCUAAUCAUGCUGGCUGUGGCACAGAUGCUGAUCAACUCAUAGUACUCGAAGCAUAUGCAUUGUCAUUUGAUGCAAGCAGGCAUGCCGUAAUAUUUAAGUUUGACGUAACACAUGCACACUGUGAAAUUUACCAUAUGUGGUAAAAAGAUGUGUCCUGUGGGUCAAAGAUUGAGAAAGCAAAUUGGCAUGUCCUAUUUAAUUUACUAAUCAACUUAUGUAUUUUUUUUGUUUUUGAAAUACAUAUUUCUUUGAUUUUAUUCAGUAAUAGCUUUUAUGUAAAAAUACAAAUGUCUAAAUUAUCAUGGGUGGUAUAGGUUUUGAUAAAUGUAAUUCAUGAGUCAGCAUAAUACAUUUUUUUUUAAUUUAAAUCCAUAUUGCCCCCAAAGAAUCUCAAUGUGGUCAGUGUGGUAUGUUGUAUAAUGCUGUGAGAAGAGCAUUAUACAACUUAUUAUGAGCUUAUUAUGAAGAUUAUGUAAUUUAAAGUACUGUAUUGUAUAAGUUGUUUGAUAGUAGACUGUAAUGUCCUGACAAUUAUCUGUGAUAAGUAAUAAAUAAGUAACUGUUAAUGAUUCCUGUUGAAUAUUUUAUGUAUGUUUACAAAAUGCAAAAGAUUAAUUCUACUAUGGAUCAAAAAUGUAAUAAAACGUUAUCUUUAAAGACCUA